CGAGACAUGGAGUGGAAUGACUUCCUGCCGUCGAUUUAGCCUAAUGGAUGACUGCAGACAGUAGCCUCAAAAUGACGGAUCUCUAUAGGUAAAACUUCGCGAAUAGUCUGGUCUAGAUCGAUCAGUGCUACGUUGUGAACCAACGUUACUCAAUAGCGACAAACUUUUGUAGCAUGUUCUUGCCUCGUAUCGUCAACGGUGUUCUGAGACGUAUUACAGAAAGCAAUUCCAUAUAUAUCAUGAUAUACUCACGAUAGUCUCAGGAAUCCUAGUCAAGUUUAAACAGUUGGGAGUAACAGACACUACUAGCAGAUCACGAUGAGACACUACAGGCCUAUCCUUGCUCUUGCGAGCUGCUUCACCCUCGUCGCCUCAUCAGGGGCUUACCUGGAAACUCCAGAGCCAUGGCAAGUAACGAGGCUUAACACGUUUUCACCCUCAGGACGUCCAGGCAGCGAUGUGAACGCUCACCUAUGGGCCAAUAUCACGAAUCCUAGCCCCAUCCCCGCCGGGCCCGGAGUCACAUUCGACGCCAGCAGCGCGAACUGCACGGUGAACUGGGUCUAUGCCGGCGAUUAUCCGUAUGGCCAUGUAUUUAUUUGCAACACAACGGACACCGAAGAGUCCUCCUCGUCUUCAACGUCAAAGUGGACAAUCGAGGUCUUAGAGGCGAAUGUCACUUCACCGUCGGCUACCACGAACAUGGAUGUCAGGUUUACGCUCACCACCAACCUGACGGUAGACGGAGAUGAAUAUUACAAGGUCUUGGUCGGGACGCAACAUUUCCAGGUUGGGGAGAAUAUGAGAGGGAGUUGUGGUGGUAGUGGUGUGUGUUCGUGGACUUUGAGGGACGAGAGCGUUCCGGUGUUAGUGCAGCCGACGGUUGUGGCUUGUCAAGGAACAUGCUAACUAGUACUCCUGCGUCAUGAAAGAUACUCGUAAAAUGAUGUCGUGUUAGGUAAUUGAAUUAUAUGUGCUACGGUCGCAUAUUGUUAUCUUGGAAGAAUCCUUCCAUAUAUUUGUACACAAAUAUCCCGAUAUCUUCA